GAAUAAUGUUCCGACCUUUAAAGUGGUAGUUAUAUGGUUUCUCUAGUAUUUUAGGCUUUAAUUUUAUCAAUUAAUCAUGUUAUGGCUUUGAUGAACAAUCACUGAUUUUAAACAAUUUAUCAAAUGACAUAAAAUUGACAUUCAAACGUCAAAGUGUAGCCGAAAGUCUUUUGAAAUUUACAAUUUACAUAGGUUUUUAGGAACUCAAUAAUAAUGGAUUUUCGUAUUUAAGUGACGCUAUACACAGGAAAGACUAUGUUUAUAUAACUAAUAUUUCCAAGAAACUAGUAACUAGAAAUGGCUUUGUUCCCCGCGUAUUCAUCGGACGCUGUAGAAAAUACUACUAUAAAGGAGCGAGUGUACAUAUCAGAAAACCCAUCUCAAUUUAUCGAGAGCGAGUUGUUGGCGAGUGAUUCUGAAGAGAGUAAGGACGAGCCUGCUGAGAAGUUGUCCCGUGUAUUUGUCAGAGGUCCCCGGCCUCAGAGUAAUGAUGACUUCUACAUUGAUCGCAAACUCGAUCGCGGUAAUCUUCGGGUCUCCACCCUCUACUACCCUGGCAGACCGCAGUACGAGUGUAAGGUCCGCCGAUUCUCCGAGUCCAGGGGCGAGGCUCGCAGCCGGAGGUACUUCACCCGCCGCGUCCCAGACUCCGACCCGGAUCUCGCAGACCUGCAAGAGAGAGCCGCCGCCUACCGCGACCUGCUGCAACGAAACCCCACCGACGUUGCCCUCUGGGAGACCUUCAUCGACUUCCAGGAGCGGUGCGGUGGACAGGACGCGGCGCUGAGGGCGGUGGAGGAGGCGGUCGGCCGCGCCCCGAACAGCGCCCGCCUCCAGGGGCGGCUGCUGGAGGCUCUGCGCGCCGCUCUCGACCAGCACCAGCUGCUGCAGAGGCUGCGGACCAUGCUGGCGGAGGAGCGCUCCGGGGCUGCUCGCGUCGCGCUGUGGGAGGCGCUACUCGACGCCCUGGGGGCGGAGCGCGGCACCGAUGCCGCCAACCUCACGACCGCCGCCGCCGCCGCGCUCAGAGACACGCCGCGGGAACACGCGCCGCGCAUAUUACACGCACUCGGGUGCUACCUUCGAGCCGCUGGUCUGUGGGAGCGUCUCGUGCUCCUGGUCGAGCUGACGGUCGCCAUGAACUACGCUCCCGCCGCGGUCUCCGCCCCCGACCCGGCCGUCCUCGCCGAGGCGGAGCGCCGCUCGCUGGAAAUGGAGGAUCAGGCGAUCUCCAGCGGCCUGCCGCUUAGUGCCGUGUGGGUGCGCGUGGAGCGAGCGCGAGCGGCGUGUCACUGGCGGCCCGCGCUCCCGUCUUCCUCGGCGGACCGCUCCCCGCCCCCGGCCGACCCCCAGCGGAUCCCGUUGCCGCACGACGUCGCUGACCUGCUGCUGCCGAUGUCCGCGGACGACCACCUGUUCCACCUGUCCGUGCGUCUCCUUCUCCUGGUCAAGGUUCCCAUGUUGCCCGCCACGGACCUCUGGACUCGCCGAGCGGGAAGGCUCGGUGCAGGCGGCGGCGGCGAGUCUCUCCUGCCGCUGGUGUGGGCGUGUCGGACGCUGCCCCCGGCCCACCCCGCUCGCCCUGCCCCGGAGCUCGCUCGUCGCCUGCUCGCGCUGCUAGUGGACCCUCCUCACUAUUUUUCGGACGACACGGGUUAUCUCACUUGGGUCAACUCACUGUGGGAGGUGUGUUGUUCGCGGGCGGGAGGGCGCUCGCGGACUGCCCUGGUAUGUUGGAGGCUCCGCUGGCUCCAGACGCUGUCUCUCCUCUCGACCGAGGACGAGGCGGAAACGAGACGACUGCGGGCGGAGGGGCGGGCUCUGUUGCGGCGCUUCGAGACCGCCUCUCCUCUACCGUACGCCGAGUGUGCCAGGCUGGACUGGCUGGCGGCGGGAGGGGUCCGGGGCAAGGGGGCGGAGCGCGCGCUGCAGGCGGCCGGCCGGGCCCUGAGAGCUGCGCUGGCAGACGACUCUUGCCCUCCUCAACAUGCGCUCUUCGUGGCCAGGGUGGUGGACGAGAUCGCGGGCGGGACCAGCGACGCAGGGGUCGCCGCAAUCGUGACGGCCGUCACCGGGCGCGACACGCGCGGCGGGGCCUCGGGGGACGAGCGGAGUCACGCGCUGCAACUAUGCGAGGAACGCUGCGAGGACAUCGAGCGGGGGCUGCUGGCGGCCGGCGAGGAGGAGGGCGAGGGCUCCGGGCCCGACACCUGGGUGGACCUGCUGCUGCCGGGACACGGCGAGUGGGCCCGGGCCCGGACCGCGCUGGCUGCACCCGCGAGGCGGGCCCAGCUGGUGGAGCGGGUGCGCAGCGCGGCGCCCGCGGCCCGUGGAUCCUCCGCCGCCUGCUACUGGGAGGACGCGGCGGAGUCCCUGGGCCGCACGGCGCGGGUCGCGGCUCGCCUCGCGCCGCUGUUCCCGCACAACGCCGCGCUCGCGGUCGUGUCGGCGGGCGCUCCGCUGUGGUUGUCUCCGGCGGUGGCUCGCGGCAGAGGCCCCCGCGCCGGUGCGGCCGCCUUCGCUUCCUCGCUCCCCGCGUGGCUUGCGGCUCUGCGCACGGACUUCGCCCCGGCCGAGGCGGAGGCGCUAGUCCGCGUUUGUCGUCGCCUGUGCUCCGCGUCGGGAGCUGCCACGGACGAGGCGGCGCUGGCCUGGAGCGCCCGCAUCGAGGCGGAGGCCCGCGCCCCGAGACCGCGGCUCCCUCACGCCCUGUUCGCCGCCCUGGAGCGCGCGCCGCAGUAUAAGUGGCUGUACGUGCGAGGCGGGUCGUGGUGCGGGCGCGAGGCGGCCGUGUUGUCGGACGCCCUCCUGGAGCGCUCGCUGCGAGUCCACGCCCUGCUGGCCGAGUUGGAGCCGGUCCUCACCACACUCCCACGAGACGGUGAGGACGAGCGCCUGGUCCGGGACUAACGACGGUUAUCUCCCUGCAGGGUGUUUCGGGGGACCGCCGGCUGCCGCUAGCCGCUAGCCGAUAUUUUUGUAUUUAUCGUUAUUGGAAGUGAAUAAACUUUAUACGUUUAA